AUGAUCGAAGAAGAAGAGAUUCGUAUGCUGAGGAAGGAAAUGGUUCCAAAAGCUCAGUUGAUGCCUUUCUUCGACCGACCAUUCCUCCCACAAAGAUCGAGGAGACCAUUGACAAUGCCAAAGGAACCAAGCUUUGGAAACAUAAACAGCACUUGUUGGACUUGCGUCUUUAACAACCAGCACUAUCUUUACCAUGUUCACCAUUCUCAUGCUUAA